AUGGAUGUAGUUGUGACAGGAGAUCAUGUAGUUGAUGAUACGGAUUUCGGUAGCAGAAAAAGAAAAAGACAUAUAACUUCUAAAGAGCAUAAAAGCAAUGUUAGAGCCGCACUAGGAAGAGUGUGCUUGAAAUUGGUAGUGGUCAUGGGAGUGACGUGGAUAGCCGAUUUGAUCUCAUUUGCUGUCGGUGGUCCUCAAGAAAUAUGGUACCUCACUGAUAUAAUCAACAGCAUCCACGGUGUUUUUAUCUUUAUUGUUAUUGGAUGCCAGCCUCAGGUUUUGUCAGCUGUAAAACGAUUCUGGUGUCUCAGAAAGCACAAACAAAACGGAGCUGCUGGAACGACGCAUCAUCACUCAACCAGUUCCCAAGGACCGCCAUCUAUGGGUGAUACGCUGACUAACACUAACAGUGUUAUAACAAACGGAACUUACCAAAACAGUACCCUUGGAGACGAGCUGUUUAAAACAAAAACUCUUUUGUAUUCUUUCAAUCUCGUCUAA